CUGUCAGAAUGCUCUCCACGGUUCAACUAUAUUAGUUUUUGAGCAAUUGCUCUUUUCCUGAUUGUUUUCCAUUGUAAAAUGAUUCCCAGGAUAAAUAAACUUCAAUCAGAAUCUGGGCGUACGUAAACCUGCUGAUGAGUUUUGGACCGAAACAUUGGCUGUACUCUUCCAUAGAUGCUGCCUGGCUUGCUGAGCACUUCCAGUAUUUUGUGUGUGUUGCUUUUAUUGAGUACAGGAGUUGGAAUGUUUUGCUGAAGUUGUAUAAGAUGCUGAUCAGCCUUAACUCGGAGUAUCGUGUCCUGUUCAGGUCACCUACCUACAGGAAAGGUAUCAAUAAGAUUGAAAGAGUGCAGAGGAAGUUUACAAAGACUUUGCUAGGACUUGAGGACCUGAGUUAUAGGGUUGAAUAGGUUGGGACUUUAUUCCCUGGAGCGUAGGAGAUUGAGGGGAGGUUUUUGAUAGAGAUAUACAAAAUUACGAGGGCAUGACAGGGUAAAUGCAAACAGGCUUUUUCCGCUAAAGCUAGAAAUAAACGUCCUAGGUUAAGGGUGAAAGGUGAAGUAUUACACUACCUCUGAUGGGGAACUUCUUCACUCAGUGUGAUGAGAGUGGAAUGAGCUGUCAGUGGAAGUGGUGGAUGCAGGUUUAAUUGCAACAGUUAAGGAAAGUUUGGUUAGGUGUAUGGAGGGGCAUCAUGGGGGAACAGCGGUUAACGUGAUUCUAUUACAGCUCAGGCCUCUAGAGUUCAGAGUUCAAUCCCAGCAUGCUCUGUAAGGAGUUUGUACAUCCUCCCCAUGAAAUGUGUGCGGUUUCCUCCAGGUGCUCUGGUUUCCUCCCACAGUGUACUGGUUAGUAGGUUAAUCGAUGAUUGUAAAUUGUCCUGUGAUUAGGCUGGGAAAAAGUCGGUUGCUUGCUGGGUGUUGCUGCUCAUUGGGCCAGAAGGGCCUGUUCCACAUUGUAUCUCAAUAAUAUUAGUAAUAAUAUUAAUGAAAUACAGGGAGGGGUACAGAGGGUGAAGGUCCAGGUGCAGGUCAAUGGCACUAGGAUGAUCAGCAGUUUGGUAUGGACUAGAUGGGCUGAAAGGCCUGUUUCUGGCUGUAGCACUCUAUGACUCUAUGCCUCUGGUUCCUGGUGAAAGAUUUUCCCAUCAUAUUGCCACAGUGAGCAAAAUCCAUAAAACACUUUUAAAGAAACUUUACCACAUUUGUAAAAGCACCUCGUGGGAGCAUAAAAACUCGCUAAUGGAAGGAAGGAAAGUCAGGGAAUGCAACCCAAAAAAGGUUUGAGCAGUUACAACAAACAUUAGAGCCAGAUAAAUUGAAGCGUUAUUUAUAAUUUAACUCCACAGUCUUUCCAUUGUAAAAUGAUUCCCAGCCUGAUGAAACAUUCAUUGUAAUGUUGGAGCGCUUGGACAGGCCAAGUUUUAAUUUUUAAUCUGCUGAGUAUUCACCAGGAGUUUGCAAGUCCCCAGUUGAUUAAAUGAGAUUUGGAAAAGCAACGGCUGCUGUUAACUAAUGAAGACCUGAUCAGCGAACGUUGCUCCAGACUGUCUGCCUGUUUUCGGAACAAACAUCACGCAGAGGAGAGAAGCAGUUGGUCAAAAUGUCUGAAGAGAUUCACGUUCAGGUAGCCGUUGGAAUCCAGCAGACACCAGCUGAGGAAGAAGGAAGAUCAACGUCAGUGACCAUCAAAGAUUUUAAAAGUCUAACUGUUUUAGAGCAGAACGCAGAGGGAAAGCAGGAGAGCAACUUCGCUUUCAACUGUGUCUUCGAGCAGGAUACUGAUCAGGAGAGAGUGUACAAUUCCCUGGUGAAGCCACUGCUGUCUCGGAUAUUGGAUGAUGUGUUUACAGAGCAAAGGUCAGAGGAAGAUCACUGCAAAGAACUCAUCACCUUCUCUGACAUUCAGUUUCAUCCUGACGGUUCCAUUGUAGACCUGCUGAGCCCCCAUGCCAGAGAGAUACAGUGCCUACAACACUCAGUACUGGGGCUAGUCCUGGCAGAGCUGAGUGAGAUGGUUGUGUCCAGUUCUGAAGAUGCCUGGAGCUUGUACCAACAGGGGUCAGAAGCUCGGAGGUUAGAAGGAGCACAUCUUGACAGGUGCAAUACUGUAACACUGGAGCGACAGGAGACUGCCACUGCCUGUGUACGUUCUUGUUUUUGGAUCUUUGACCUGACAGGUGGCCCACCGGGAGACGUGGCGAAUGGAGUCUCCGCACUGGAGAAUGUACUCAGUGAAGGACCAACACAGAAACCCUUAGAACAACUUCUGCACCAGAGUCUCCGAGGAAACAGCUAUUCAGCUUUGAUCUGCUGCCUGACACUGCCAGAGUCGUGGACUGGACAGACAGUCUCUGCACUGUCCCUUGCCCACAGAGUGACGGGACUGACAAACCAGGUGUCCCGAUUCUGCUGGGAUUGGCAGGAGGUCACACGGAAACUCCGCUCCGCCGUUGGAGAGCUGCGGAAGAAGGCGAGCAAGACCAAUGACCUCUGCGGUCAAGAUGUGGAACAAUUAGGACGCUUUGUACAGGAAUUACAGAUGGUGAAACAGCAACGCUGGGAGAAGAAGGAGGAGAACUCUGCAAAGUGUAAAGAGGAAUGGAGGCAGCACCUCAGGGCAAAGCAGGUCACAGAUCCCAGAAAUCUCCCAUUGGAAGACCGGCAUUGCUCCAUACAGUCACCAUGUGUGCUCCUUCAGAGAUACAGUCAGGAAAAGGAUAAAAUCAGGCAGAUGAAGCAGGAGCUGAGAGAUCAGGUUGCAGAAUAUCUCAAAGCCGGGAGCAGGAGUACGGAUGCGAAGGCGGCCCUGCUCAGCAACAUGCAGCAGUUAAGGGAGAGGCUUCAGGUGGAGACAGAGCAUUUUCAGCACGUCAGGGAGGAACUGGAGUUGAUGGAGAGUGUGGCCGAACUCAGCCAGGACACUGUACCAUUGCAAUCUGGCCUUGACCAACUCUAUACAGAGGCACAGGAGAGGAGGACAAGACUGGCUGAAGAUAAUGCUGCCCUGGUACAACAGGAACUGCUGAGGAUGGAGCAGGAGCUGGAGCUCCGACAGCAGGCCGGCGGAAGUGGAACCAUGACAGAGACAGCGGACGAGGCCGUGAGGCUGAGGAGGGAGCAAGAUGUGAUGGUUCUACAGCUGGUGGCUCUGAGGAAGGAGAAGCAGGAGGCAGAGAACGACCUGCAAGCAAUGCAUUGGAAGUACAGAGCAGAACUGGAGGAGCACAAACUGCAGGCUUUGCAGGUCCUGCACGAGUUUGAAGAGGCGUCUCGACAGCAGCAGAGUGCAUUGGAAGAGCGUUACCGGCGUUUGUUGCAAGAGGCGAUUACAGACGCAGUGUACCUCGCAACACAGAAGCACCAACUGGAGCUGGGAAUGAAAGAGCUGAGGAGGGUGAUCACACAUCUACGGGAUCAACUCUCUGCUACAGGACAGCGGGAAGAGUUGCCACGGUGAUGGGAAGAGGAGACAGACCCACCUCAUUGAACGGUUUGACUAAUGAUUGAUGUGCGCAUACAUCAUGUCAUUGGAUCAUCAAGGUUUCAGUUUGGAGAGUUACAGAAACUUUAACAGUAUGAUCUUCCCAUUUCUGGCCUCACUAUUACAAGGCACAGGUUGCAAUCCCUGGAGGUCCUGUCCUUUAACUUAGCACCAACUCCCUGAACUCACUUUGCAGAACCUCACUUCACUUCCAUCGUAUAACAUUGAUACCUAUAUGGACCACUACCUCUGGCCACUCACCCUCCAACUUGAGAUUGCUGAGGACUCGAUCUGAGAUGUCCCAGACUCUGGCACCUGGGAAUCUCGUUCUAGUUCACAGAGCUCCCUCUCUGUUCAGGAUGUUCCACGCACCCACUAAUCUCUGUCUUAAAUACCUUACCUCGGACACCCCGCCCCCUAGUCAUUCCUUCAAUCACCUUAAAUUUGUGCCCCCUCACAUUAGCCAUUCUGCCCUGGGAGAAAGUCUCUGACUGUCCACUCCAUCACUGCCUCAAGAUCCUUUCGCAAGCCUUGAUAGUCUUCCUCGCCGUCCACUGUACCCCCAAUUUUGGCAUUUUUGGAAAACUUACAGAUCCAAAUAACAAUGAAUACAGCACCAAAUCCUUUGACACACCACUAGUCAUAGUCCUCCAGUCAAAGAGGCUCCAGUCAUCUACAAUCAUUCUCUGAUUGCUCCCCCAAAGCGUAUGUCUAAUCCGAUUUACUACCUCAUCCAGAAUAUUAAGUGACUGAACCUUCUUGAUCAACGUCCCAUGCAAGACCUUGUCAAAGGCCUUGCUGAAGUCCAUGUAGAUAAACAUUCAGUGCCUUGCCUUCAUCAACUUUCCUAGUAAAAAAACACUAUAAAAUAAGAUUGGUUAGACAUGACCUACCAUGCACAAAACUGUGUUGACUAUCCCUAAUCAGUCCCUGUUUACCCAAAUACUUAUAUAUUCAUACCCUUAGAAUACCUUCCAAUAACUUACCCACUACUGACGUUAAGCCUAUAAUUUCCUGGCUUAUUCUUAAGAGCCUUCCUUUAACAACAGAACAACAUUAGCUAUCCCCCAUUCCUCUGACACUUAACGUGGCUAAGGACAUUUUAAAUACCACUGCUACAGCCUGUUAUCCUGUUAGGCUGCUCAAAAGCAGUGGAGCUGGGCCUGUUCCGCACCAUGUUGCCAGCAACAAGGAGAAAUGUGUCAGAGGUGAUGUGUGGUCAAUCAAGUGGUGUAAAGAAUUGCCUUAGACAUUUUCAUGUGAUCGCGGGACCUUGUUUGACAUUGGUAAUGUCAAAUGCUGCAAGUCUGCUUCACUGGUGCAUUGGUGAGGUCAAUGGUGGGGGAGCUGAGUGGUGUGGAUUAGACCCUCAUGCGGUAGGGUUGCCUGCUGCAUCUGCCCAGGGAUGGAGAUGCCAGAGUUGGUGGAGUGGAGGGUGUAUUGCACUCUACUGCUGAUACAUAAAAAAAAACAAAGUUCAUGACAUAUGUGAAUGAUGGUAAACCUGAUUCUGGUAUGGGUCUCUAUUGUUCACUGAGAAUUGAGAAUCGAAGGCGGAAGGAAGCGGGAAGCUCCAGAGAGAUAUUCUGUAAUAAACCAAUUGUGUGGAAUCAAAUGACCUUGCCUGGUAUAUUAGGGCUGGGUGUGUCUGCACCCCUGUCAGCCUGCAUCCCAGCCCUUGUUCUCCGCCACCUGUCCCACUACUCUCCUGUGGCACUCCACCCUCACCAUUCUUUUCUCCUGUCAGAUUUACAGUUGCUUUACACUCUUCUGGACCGAGAUCUCAGAUGUUGCUCCAGGACUUGCUGGAGCCACUUUCCCAGAUGUCACAGCUCCAAGUACUCCUGUCACCACCGGGAUUACUCUGGCUUUAACCUUCCACAUCCUUUCUAUCUGCUCUUUCAAACCCUGGUAUUUCUCCAGCUUCUCAUAUUCUUUCUUCCUGAUGUUAACUGUCAUUUGGGAUUGCCAUAUCAAUUCCUAUUACUUUCUUCUGUUCCUUGUCCAAUAUUACUAUGUCUGGGUGGUUGGCCAGUACCUGCUUAUUGUCUGUAUUGGGAAGUCCCACAGGAUCUUAGCUAUCUCCACUACCUUCUCGGGUGUUUCCCAUUUGGACUUGGGAGUGUCCGAUCCACACUCAGCACAGAUGUUCCUGUACACAGUUCCUGCAACUCCAGUGUAUGCCGUUCAGUGCAUGCUGUCCCUGCCUGCAUCUCACACCCUGCUACUACGUGCUGGAUGGUUUCAGUGGUUUCCUUGUAUAGUCAGCAUCAUGGGUCUUGUCUGGUGUGAUAGACCCCUGCUUCUGUUGUCCUUGUGCUCAGCAUCUGUUCUUCUGCAGCCAUGAGCAUCACCUCUGUGCUGUCCCUCCGCCCUGCCAUUUCCAGCCAUUGGUAGGACUUUCCUAUGACAGCCAUCUCUGAUACCUGGUGAUGAUACAUUCCGUACAGUGGCUUGUCCUGCCAUGGCCUCUGGUCCUCUGGCUCUGUUUCACCCACUUCCAUUUCCAUAUCCCCUGCCUGCUGUCUGAGGCAUUCUCCUAGCAGGCUGUCCUUAGGGGCCAUCUUCCUGAUGUAUUCAUGGAUAUUUCGUAUUUCUUCUAGGACUGUGGCCUAGCAAUGGCCUAGGACAAGCAAUGUGCUGUCUGUUGUUUCGUGGCACCAAGUUGUAACAAGGUAGCGAAUUACACAGUAUCCACACAAACCGGUGUUUGGGGUGGGAGAUUCAUCUCAAUCUCACGGUAUAAUGACACCAGAGUGUGUAUUCCCUAGACUCACGCAGCCAAGGAGACCAGCGAGGUUUCAUGUGUACAUACCCAAGACUUUUGCACAGUACUGUACAUACUAGUCCCUGAUACAGUAAUGAUAGCAACUACAGUACUAUAUGUGUUAUGGGCUAUAUAUGUUUUGUACUCUGAAUGAUUGUUGGUACUAUGUUCUGCACCUGGACCCCAGAGGAACACUAUUCAUUUAGGUGUUGCAAUGUACAGUUGACUGAUGACUGACAAUUAAACUGGAACUUGCAAAAUAAAUUCCAAUGUAUUGAAAAGUCCAUUCUAACCAAUAGCUGGGUGUGGGUGUGAGGGAAUGAAAUGACAGAUUUAUCCAACACUCAGACCAUUCACUGAUAUCCUUCCUUGAAUUCAACACACUAAACUCCGUAACCUCUGAGUCAUGUGCCAGUUCAUAAAUCAGAGUAAAUAACAUUCAGUCUCUAGGCUCUACUUCACAAAAUAUCUUUAAUUCAUAACAUAACACAUCAUCAUGUAGAUAUAGUACUUGUACCAGUUCCAGAAUUUUAGAGUGACU